CGAGAACGAACAACGUAAUGUGAACAAGUCAAUUUCAUGGUGCGUUAAUUCCACCGCACUAUAUUAACGCAAAAAAAUAUAAUUUAUACCGCCACGUAGUGAUGUUUAGUUUAUUAUUAAUAUUAUAUAGCCAAAUAUGGCAGAGUAUACAACUAGACAUAUUGCUGAUACCAGAUUCAAAUCACAUACCCUUAGAACUACAGCAUUCAAAUCUUAGGGUAUCAAAAUCAAAUAAUGAUUGUAGAGAAGGAAACGAUAGAAUAGAUAUGGUCCCAUAUCAGGAUAUAACAGAUGCACCUAAUGCAGAUGUAACAUAUGACGAAAUGCCAAUAGAGUUACGGAAGAGUAAUAAUGAUGAUGAAAGAAUAGUCGGUGGGGAUGAUACUGACAUCAGUUUAUACCCGUAUCAUGCUGCGUAUGGUGAUAACUGCGGGGGAUCUAUCAUAGCACCAAGGUGGAUUCUGACUGCUGCACAUUGUGGGAAAAAGACAUCCAUUCGAGUAGGAUCGAAAUACUAUAAACAAGGGAAAGAGGUAUUCGUGAAGAAGAACUACGUCCACAAAGAAUGGCAUAAUCCCAAGAAGGAACACCCGUUUGACUACGACUUCCAACUUUUGGAGCUGUACCAGGACUUGACUUUUGAGGAGAACAUUCAGCCGAUAAAGCUGGGGAGGAUCCAGGAUAUGAUAGUCGGGAAGAUUUUGACCGUCACAGGCUGGGGAAACACUUAUGAAAACGGUCCUUACUCCGAAGUGUUGCGGGCCGUGCGAGUUCCCAUCAUCGCGAAGGAGGCCUGCCAGCAUGUCGAGUUCCCCUUCUUCAGAGGCGGGCUGACAUCAAGAAUGUUCUGCGCCGGGUACAUUGAAGGAAAGAAGGAUGCUUGUCAGGGUGACUCCGGAGGUCCAGCAGUGGCUGGUGACCGUCUCCUGGGCAUGGUCUCGUUCGGCUACGGCUGCGCCACUCCAGGGUCAUACGGCGUCUACAGCAAGGUCGCCAAGGCAAGGCCCUGGGUACAAAAAGUCACCGGCCUGAUCUUUGAUUGAUUGACAAAAUUAAAUUGACAAAAUGAAACUUAUGUUUCUAGGUAGAUUACCUACUUGUUUAUAAUAUUGUAUAGUAAAAUAUUUUUUAUUUUC